GUGCCCCGCGCGCGAGCGGCCUGGGCUGAGCUACGGAGCCUGUGCGACGCCCGCCUGGCUUGGCCCUCCGGUCCCCCUCCGCCGCCGCCGCCACGAUGGGCUCCCUGCUCAGCCGCCGCAUCGCCGGCGUGGAGGACAUCGACAUCCAGGCCAAUUCAGCCUACCGCUACCCGCCCAAGUCCGGCAACUAUUUUGCCAGCCACUUUUUCAUGGGAGGAGAGAAGUUUGACACUCCACAUCCUGAGGGGUACCUCUUUGGGGAGAACAUGGACUUGAACUUCCUUGGCAACCGGCCGGUCCAGUUCCCUUACGUAACCCCAGCACCUCACGAGCCGGUGAAGACGUUGCGGAGCUUGGUGAAUAUCCGCAAAGACUCCCUUCGCCUGGUCAGGUACAAGGAGGAUGCCGAUAGCCCCACCGAGGAGGGUGGGAAGCAGAGAGCCUCGUACAGCCUGGAGUUCACCUUCGACGCUGACGCCCGCGUGGCCAUCACCAUCUACUGCCAGGCAACGGAGGAGUUUGUGAGCGGCAUGGCCAUCUACAGCACCAAGAACCCCUCCCUGCAGUCGGAGACCGUUCACUACAAGCGUGGGGUGAGCCAGCAGUUCUCGCUGCCCUCCUUCAAGAUUGACUUCUCCGACUGGAAGGAGGAUGAGCUGAACUUUGACCUGGACCGUGGCGUGCUCCCGGUCGUCAUUCAAGCGGUGGUGGAUGAAGGUGAUGUGGUGGUGGAAGUGACGGGCCACGCCCACAUUCUCCUGGCUGCCUUUGAAAAGCACGUCGAUGGCAGUUUCUCAGUGAAGCCCUUGAAGCAGAAGCAGAUUGUGGAUCGAGUCAGCUACCUGCUUCAGGAGAUCUAUGGCAUCGAGAACAAGAACAACCAGGAGACGAAGCCCUGUGACGACGAGAACAGUGACAACAGCAACGAGUGCGUCGUGUGCCUCUCUGACCUGCGGGACACCCUCAUCCUGCCCUGCCGGCACCUCUGCCUCUGCAACUCCUGUGCCGACACCCUGCGCUAUCAGGCCAACAACUGCCCCAUCUGCCGCUUGCCAUUCCGGGCCCUGCUGCAGAUCCGAGCAGUGAGGAAGAAGCCCGGGGCUCUGUCCCCCAUCUCCUUCAGCCCCGUCUUGGCGCAGACGCUGGACCACGACGAACACUCGUGUUCGGACAACAUUCCUCCCGGCUACGAGCCCAUCUCCCUGCUGGAGGCGCUGAACGGCCUGCGCUCUGCCUCGCCUUCCCUCCCUUCUGCUCCCCUCUACGAUGAGAUCACCUACACCGGGGUGCUGGACGGGCUCCCCCCGACCGGAAGGCCUCUCGUGGGGCUCGACCGAGCCAUGGAGAGCAGCCAUCAGAAGAGCAAGCGCAGCAAAUCCCCUGACAGCACCCUCCGGUCACCUUCUUCACCAAUCCACGAAGAAGACGAGGAGAAGCUAUCAGAAGACUCUGAGCUGCAGCCGCCGCUGCGAGGGACGGAGCUUAUCCUGUGCGAGAGCAACUCCCCAGAGAGCCUGACAGCGGAAGAAGCGGAAGAGGUGGUCUCGCUAGAGCAAGGCAGCCUGCUCCCCUCCAGCAAGGACAUCCUUCAGGAGAGCCCCGAGUCCAGCGAGUCCAGCGCCCUCCCAAACCCAGACAGCGAGUUGCCGGUCGACGUGUACCUGCCAGCACUCGGCCCCGAUUCCUGCUCUAUUGGGAUAGAGGAGUAAGCUGGGUCUUCUGACUUUGCCCACAUCCUCCAGAGCCGUGGGACCAGCGACACCGGGCCACCGACCCUCUUUGGCCAUCCCCACCUCCACGUGGAAAGCAGGCAGAGGCCCGCCUGAAUCAGACUACCAGGCCCAUCACAAAUCUGUGAGACCUGGCCACGGCGGCUGCCCCUCUGGGACGCUCUGCGCGCGCUCUGUUCUCUGCUCUUGUGCCACUGGCCAGGCAGCGUUUUCCCCCAUGUUGGACUUGGCCCGCCCUUUCUGAAGGAUGUGUGUCUUUGUGCAGAUGUGCAUGGAUUCCCCCUCCCCUCCGGACCUUCCUCCUUCCCCCCCACCCUUGGCUUCUUGGGCAGUUGACCAAAGGCUCUUCCUGGCAGCUGUCCGGCUGGUACUGCCUCCCCCUUGUAAAUAGCUGGCAGGGCUCAGUCCCUCUUAAAUUAUCUGUCCAGCUGCUGUUGCUGAAGGGCCAGGGGGCUUCCAGUUGGUGCAGCACCUGCCUCUCUCGCCUGCCUGCCGUGCCAUCCGCUGUACCAGCUUGGAGUCCUCCGGUUGGGUGGGCACGCCCUUCUUCCUAUGCUUUGCCACAGGGUUCCUUCUGCCCAGUGGGGCACCUCUGUAAAAAGGGGUCAGUGCAGGGCGGGGGAGGGGGGGCUCACCUGGCAGGGAGAGGGAGGCUGUGCCUACUGCUGUAUGGCUGCUGCCCUUUUCCCUUGGCCCCCAGCUCCUGCUUUCCCUUGGAGCGCUAGCUGCCUGGGCACAGAUGCUGGGUGUGGAUGCUCAUGGCAGAGGUGCCGCCCAUCUUGCGCCAAGCAGCUGAGAGAGGUGCUGCUCCAGCCAGAGGCCGCUUGCCCCGUAAUUUCCUUCUCCCAUUUGGCCCCCAUCUGCGCUGCCACCAUGAUCCUGUGCCUGUCUGAGGCCCUCCACUCAGGCUGCUGGAGAGGGAGACGAGGGAGAGCAGCCAUUUGGGCCUCUGCCCUCAGCCUGUAGAGCAGCGUUGGCCAGCGGUGUGGGGUCAUGGGCAGCCUUCCCGGGCCCCAGCCUUUCUGCCCCUCCCCUGCCUAGGGGCCGUGACGUGCCUUGUGCCCUGCUGCCUCCCUCCCUCCCUCCCUCUCUGGUGGUGCCAACCUCCCCCCUCCAGGCCUCCUGAAGCCGAGCCGAACUCUCGUCCCCAAGGCUGGGUGUGUUUCUAUAUUUAUAGGAAUAAACUCCUCCUGUGUCUUGCC